AUGGGCGGCCUUCGCUUGUCGAAGAAGGCACAUAUCGGCCAUGUUACAGCCCUCCAGUUCGUCUCGUCGACCGUCCUGCUCGCAGGUCAAGGGCCUUUCCUGAAAGUAUUCGAUACUGCCUUGGGACGGAACAUCGCCGUCUUUGAAGUUUUCCAGAAUGCAAGACUUCACGGCAUAUGGCUGGCAGACGGACAGACGACGGGGAAGGCAAAGACCGCUCGAAUUGCAUUAUGUGGUGGGAAGAUAUUGAAAUUCGGCGUACUCCAGUUCUCAUAUGACGGCGAUAUGCUCGUGUCGUGUUCUCUGGAAGUGGAACAAGAACUUGCCAAUCUAAAAGACUGGGUCAAAGAUGUUUUCUGGCUAUCAUCAGAGGACAGCUCGGCGGCGACGGAGGUAGCACUGGCAUUCGCCCAUAACUUUGUGCAAGUCUGGAAUCUGACGCAAAAUCGGACAGUGUUCGAAGUGCAGUGCGAAGAACACUGCAUUCUGUAUUCGGCCCGCUUUUACCGGACAAGGACUGGAAAGACAUACCUUGCCUCUGGGACUGUUUUCAAUCAAGUCUUACUUUGGGAUAUCGACGCUCGUAACGCCAAUGGCGAGGGACGUGUACUGAAGAGCUUGGUUGGACACGAGGGAGUUAUCUUCAACAUACGCUUUAGCGCAGACGGUGAGAAGCUCGCGACUGCUUCGGAUGAUCGAACUGUGCGAGUUUGGGACACGGACUUGGACAGCAAAUCGCAGCACGUGUGCCUGUUCGGGCACGCUCAUAGGGUUUGGGACUGCAAGGUCGUAGGUCGCUAUAUUGUGAGCAUUGCCGAAGACUCGACAUGCCGGGUGUGGGACUGGAUGAAAGCCGAAUGCAUCGCUUGCUGGGAAGGUCACAACGGGAAGAACGUAUGGUCGGUAGAUAUUGAUCCGGCAAACAACGUGAUCGCGACGGGCGGCGGCGAUUCCGGAAUCCGCUUGUGGAGUUUGACUGCUCUGGAAAGGAACAAGAUAGACUCGGAAUCUCAGAUGAAAUGCGUGUCGGUGCUAUCCGGUGAUGCAAACCCCAAGUCUCCAAUAGAAGUGGUGAAGACCUUUGCGCUGCUGACAUUCGAGCACGCAUUAUCGACCACGGACACGGGGCAGUUUUGGAUUCACGAUCUUCAGUCGGAUAAAUCGCCGGACCUUCUGUUUGUUGAUCCUGAGUUUGCACGCUACACCGUCAUCGCUUCAUCUGAUUGCGGGAGCCUGGUUGUCGCAGGCGCUUUCGAUGGGCAACUGAUCGCGAUUAGUCCUUUGAAAGCAUUUCCGUCUUGCAAAUGGGCGUCCCACACCGGAAAGGUCAAUUCCGUGCAUAUAUUCCCAUCCGGGGAGGAUGGAAAAUGGUACCUCCUCAGUUUCGCCGAGAAGACAGAGGAGCUGUUCAUCUUCGUAUUGAAGCUGUCGGACGAAGAUGGAUCCUGCCUCGUCUCGAUGGUUGCGAUUGUGACGUUGCCGGAUCAUUUUUGGCCAAUGGGUAUUGCAUUUUCAGCAAAAGCGAAGGUUCUGAUUCUUGGGUCGCGGCUUGGUGCAAUAGCUAUGUACGACACUCAACCAGUGGCACAAAACAACGUCGCGUCCGACCCCACCGUCCUUGAUCCCGUAUACGUUCAGCGACGUGUACAUGGAAAGGAUUCCGUGAGUUCGAUCACAAUCGACGACAGGGCCUCGGAGAGACGGGAUAAUGAGCUUAUAUUUGGAACCGUGGGGCGUGAUGGCAUGUUCUGCCGCUUCGCUGUGAACAGGACAAAACCCGAAUGGGCAGUAGAAAAUCUGCACCGGACGAGAAUAACCAAAGGAUGGCUCGAAAAGCUAUACUUUGUGGAUGAGAUGGCGAUCCUGGUCGGCUUUUACAACAAACGUCUGUUCAUCUACAACGAAACCAAGAGAUACGAGAUGUUUUCUGUGGACUGCGGGGGUGGCCACCGACGCUGGGAUCUGAAGCUCGAAGAUGGGCUACUACAGCGUGCCACAUUCGGAUUCGUUCGACUGGGGCGAAUACAGCUUGUGAUCCGUGACCAAGCUGGGGUUGCGGAUUUUCGAGACCCGAAACUGCAGGACCAUCAUUCGGGAAUGGAGACUAGGGUUAUCCGAUUCGUGCCCGGACAGACGGCAAAUGACAGCCGUCGAUCACUGAUAUUGACGUCCGGGGAAGACGCCGUGCUACGAUUUAGCGAGUUCGACCCAUUACGGCGGGAUCAGACCAUGAAGAGCGUGCUGAAUGUCCGAAAGCAUAUGUCGGUUGUGCGAGGCAUCGCUUUUUCCACAGGGCAGACGACCUUGAUGUUUACGGCUGGUGCUCGGGAGGAGAUGCGAUGCUGGCAAGUUGAGACUGACAGUGGGAAUCACACCAAAUGCAUUGAACGAGGGGUUGCCCCUAGCGUGAGCGACAUCAACGAUAUGCGGAUUAUGGACAUAGGAACGACGUCAUUGAAGCAAUUGGGGCCGACAUACACCUUGCUUCAUCUGAUUGUUGCGGCUUACUCGGACGCAAUGGUGCGACUGUGGCUAUAUGACGAGGCACAUUCGAAUUUCCAUUGCAUAGCCGUAUCGAAAGCGCACAAGCGCUGCGUGACCAGAGCCAGGAUCGUCAUUCUUGCGAGAGGAGCGGAAGCUUCGGCCAUUGCCGCGACCGGUUGCACGGGUGGCCUUCUUUCUGUUUGGGAUUGCACUUCAAUCAUUGCAGAAGCAUGGGAGGGGAUACAAAAGGGGACUUGGAAGGGACCUGCGGAACUUGUGAGCAUCGUGCAUUGUUCUCGGAUUCAUCAAUCCGGCAUUAACGCAAUGGAUGUGAGAUGCUCCGUAGGCGAUACAUCCGAUUUCACAGUCGUCACAGGCGGGGACGAUAACUCCAUAACAGCCACAAGGUUGACGUUCAAUCCUCCGGAUCCUUCCGCAAGAAGCCUAUCCGUAUCUCGGGUCGUCCAGGGAAGCAUCAUUGCACCUCAUUCUUCCGGCGUAACAGGCAUCAAGCUACUUUCUGAUGACUGUCUGAUGUCGACCUCCGUUGAUCAAAGAUUGAACACAUUCCGAUUCAGUGCGAAUGAUACAUCUCAAAUUGAAUUUGCAUUGCUGUCAAGUCAGCACAUUGAUGUCUCGGACAUAUCAGAUAUGGACGCUACCGUCAAUGGUAACCGCCUCGAGGUUGCCGUUUCCGGGUUCGGGUUGCAAGUACUUGACCAAGAAGCAUCAGAGUUUGCAUGA